ACCCUAAAACCAUUUUCUAUCACUAUAUAUACAAUCACAAAACCCUUUCUUUCUCUCCCUCUCUCUCACGCUACUCAUUUUCAUUCUCUAAACCCUAGCACCCUCGCUUUCUCGUUCUCGUAAACCUAUCUCUCUCUUCAAUGGAGUUCUGGGGUGCUGAGGUUAAGGUUGGUGAAUCUGUCAAGGUUGAUCCACAAGAAUUUGAAGCUUGCAUUCAUCUUUCUCAGGCUGCACUUGGUGAAUCUAAGAAAGACAAAGCUAAUGAAUCUGUUGUUAUUUACUUGAAAGUUGGUGACCAGAAGCUUGUUUUGGGAACUCUUAACAGGGAGAAGAUUCCUCAGACUACUCUUGAGUUGGUUCUGGACAAGGAGUUUGAGCUUUCUCACAGUUCUAAAACUUCUAGUGUCCAUUUCUGUGGAUACAAAGCUUACUACCCUGACAAUGAUAGUGAGGGAGAAGAUGACUUUUCUGAUAGUGACGAGGAGGAAAUUCCUUUGGCCCAACCCAUAGAAAAUGGGAAACCAGAAACAAAGGCUGCAGACCAGGUUGUUUCUGAAGCUAAGAAGGCUCCUGCCAAGAGUGGAGCAUCUGCUAAACAAGUGAAAGUCGUUGAUCCUAAGGAGGAAAACGAUGACGAUUCUGAUGAUGAAUCUGAUGAUGAUCUUGAUAGCUCUGAUGAAGAGAUGGGUGAUGCUGAUAGUGAAGAUGAGGAUGAGAGUGAUGAAGAAGAGACUCCUGUGAAGAAGGUGGACCAGGGGAAGAAGAGGGCUAAUGAAUCUGCAUCUAAAACCCCAGUUCCUUCCAAGAAGUCAAAAAAUUCCACUCCUGAGAAAACUGAUGGUAAGAAAGCUGUGCAUACAGCAACUCCUCACCCCAAGAAAGGUGGAAAGACUCCAGGCAGUGAGGCCAAAUCUCCCAAGUCUGGAGGACAACUCUCUUGCAGUAGCUGCAGCAAGACAUUCAACUCUGAAACCGGACUUAGCCAGCAUAGCAAGGCCAAACAUGGUGCUCAGUAAUUGUAGGCUGUAGUUUGUUCACAAAAAUACAUCUGUUUUCAAAUGUAUUAAGUUGAGUAAUCUUAAGGACCUUUGGUGAUUGUCCUUAGCUUUUUGAUCUAUUGAGUUAACUUGAGGAGUCAAAUGUUUAUGAAAUUGUUUUAUGUUUACGGGAUGCAUCUGUUUUAUGUUUA